AUGCUGCUUUCGGGACAUGAAUCAUUGAGCCUUAAGGUGUGAGUUUUAAAGUUCCGUCGAUAUAGAUUAAUUCCUAGUUAGGUGUGCUCCACCGAUAUUGAUUAGUACCAGCAGGCUAGCUAUUCCUUAAAAAUAUGAAUCGCUUAUGAGCAUUGUUGUAGGUAGGGCCAGGUCAUGCAUGGGAAUAGCGCAGCGUGCUGUUUCAUCGCGUUGGACUCUGGCAGUUGACUUUACGUCGUCACUUAGAUUAAAUUCCGUGUGGAGGUCUCUUGUUAGGUAGGUCCGUCCCUCUGGUGCAGGUAGUAGUAGCAGCAGUAACACUGUUAGCAGAAUUGGCAAUAGCAGUUAUAUAGCUAAUAUACAGAGGUAGAGUUCUCUUUUUUCGCGAGGUAGCAAAGUAGAGGCGGUGUCUAGUUUCAGCACUGGAGUCAGGUGUGCGCUUUGGCGCGCUCAUCUAUCUUGAUCAGGAUUAUUGUUUUUUUAUUAUCGCGACUCGAAUUCACGUGGCAUCCUUGAGGUCAAGUGGUCGAACACCGCAACCAACAGCGCUGACGGUGCUACCGCUGCUUCGUUUCUAGGCCUGGCCUCGAAUGUGACUGCACAUGCAGCAUCGCGAGGUACCGUUUUACGCCAUGCCGGUUUUUUAUCAAACUAGUCACUCCGCGAAGGUCUUUCCAAGAAUUAUUACCACGGGCACGAGUAGUAUUGCGCGUGCGGGAAGGACAGGAAACGGGGGUGGAGGCGAGUAGAAUGGGAGGAAAAGGGCGAAGGAGUCAUGGGGCAGGGAGGGGAUGGAGGAGAAGAAGCAAGGACUGGAGAGGAGGGGGUGGCGAUAAAUCUGAAGGGAGGUGCACAGGGGAAGGAGGGGAGGCAGAGUCGCUGCCCGGCGAUGGGGGAGGGAACUGAGGGGGAGGGGCGAGAGCGCGGCCAAGCUGUAGAGAAGUAAGACAGCGGGGCCCCCGUGUUCCGCUGCCACAGCGCCCCGUUGCGUGGCGCGACCGAGCAGGGGCCGCCCGCCGAUCGUAGGCCGCGGCCGGCCUGGUGCGUUUGCGUGCGAAGAGCCACCCAGCGGCGCACGCCGGUCGCGGUCCCCCGUCAUUUGUCCGCACCGGCUACCCGCCAGCGCCUUUCACGCUGCCGCGCGGUUCGUCCCGGUGAUUGGUAUCGCCUUCGCCUAAUUGGGGUGCCUGCGUGCAGGCCAACUGGCUGGGUUGAAUUGGCACAGGCUGGGAAGCAAGGCGGGCGCACUGCAGGGUCACGCGGCUGCAGGCCGAAUCAAUUGAAGCGAAAAGCAUACACGCCGAGCAUGCUUAGGCGGGUUUCUUUGUCAUGUGCGUAGGCUGCGCCUCUGGUUAGCUGACUGCGCCGUCGAGCUUGGCGCAGAGGAAGGGAAAAAGGACGCCUCGCCCGCGCUUCGCCUUCGGGUUGUUUUGUUAGUUUCUCAUUCUCUCCUAGGUACGGGAGAAACUCCUGCAGACGGGAGGAAAGCCUGCAGGAGGUGCUUAUGGGCUUUCCCCUGGCCUCACCUAUCCCCAUUCAUGGGGAUACACAAUCCUGUUUGCACCGCUUACAUCUGAUAUUUUUUAACACUCAAUUCCCCUCCCUUCUUACUACUAUGUAUUGCCUCAAAUGAUUGAUCUUGAAUUCAUUAAUUAAGUGCCGCGUUUUUUUUCUCUCCUCAUCCAAACACCCCCUUAGGAAAUGAACACAAUAUAAAAAUGUCUUCUUGCAGUGCAGAAGCGGAAGGAAAAGAGCUCUGAGCUCUGAUUUCUCUCAAGAUGCAAAUGUCUUUUGUUUUUUGUUAGGAAAAUCGUUCCUUAAAUUCUAAGGCCCUCGAGAUUGUUAGUUUCUCUCGGGAGCGAGCGUGAGGGGGCGCCCGCAGGGUGGUCGGUGGGUGAGGCGGCUGUCGGAAGUGCAGCGCCGGGGGCAGGUGCACUUGGCUGGUAACUUGAGAAAUGUGGGUGGCGGGCUGCUUCGUUGGUUCAAAGAUAGUCAUAAAGCCAAGGGCAAGGCUUUUCGCGUGCGGGCAUUGGCUGAUCCAAGCAAUGGAGCCGACCUCUCACCCCCCAAGCCCACACACUUAAGCUUAGUAGAGCCGAUGCCGCUCAGGUUCUUGUCUUCCUUCGAUAUAGCGCGGGACGGUACACAAGCAGACUGACAAUUUUAUGCGACUCAAUUUCAAAUGGGUGGAGUCUUGUUCGUAGGCAAAAAAAUAUGAACGACUACCUCGCGGAUCCUAACUUAGAAGACCGCUGCCUUUUCUCACCUUUUUUUACGUCUACUUCCACCUUUUUCUCGGGUUUCUUUCUUAGUUAGGGCUCUACGACAAUAUUGAACUACCCCACAGGUGGCGGGACCGAACAAAUGCAACUGACUGGCUCCUCUUCCAUCCGUUUUUUAGGGCGUGGCGUAAUAAGUCUAUCCAUCGUCAAGGGCAUCACUCAUUUUGCAGGUAGUGUGGACUAGUCUUUACACUGUAGCAGCAGUAUGUAGUCGUUAUCUACAUCUAGUUCCGCUGUGGUAAGUAAUAGAGUGCUGUCAGGGAAAAGCAGUAGCAAUCUACUCCGAGAGGUUUUAUGUCAAACAAGACCCAUGGGACAUGUCGGGAGGAUUUGUAAUUGAUGCAUUUAUUAUAGACCGUUUUAGCAAUGGCAAGUAAAAAACGUCUAAUGCACCCGCGUGGAAAUUUGCGAGGCUCGUCGCGUGGUUCUACUUUCGUGCAAACUCGAGCUGAUGGAGCUGGAGGUAUGCUAGUUACCAAUAGUCUUUGUUUAUUGGUUUAUUUAUGACUUACAGGGCGUAUAAUGAAAUGAAUGCUCAUCUUCAUGUAGAGAAUCAAUUUGAAUGAGUAGCUGCUUGCGAUUCCCUCGAUUUUGUUGUUCUGUUGCUAUUCUUGUCCGGUAUAAUUGCUUCUCCGUGUGAAAACGAGUAGUACUAGUUCUUAGCGUCUUCUUUCAUGACCAACAUCAGCAUCAGGUUGCAUGGCCUCAAUAGUGAUCCUUACCCAAAUUCUAAUCCUUUUUAUCGUCUCGUCAACGUUUUGCUGCUGAUGCACAUACAUGUUGAAAAAGUAAACACAUUUUUGUGUAGUUAAUGAAGGUGCCCCAUACGAAAUCUCUGGCGGUGUUGAUUACGAAUUUCCGAGCAUCGAGCGUCCGUUUGCUUGUCUUAAGGCUGUUCUCGAAAAUUAAACCUCCACGAAGUCUCAAGUUCUCAUUCCUUUCAGUAAUGGAAAGAGGCGACCGACAUUCUUUAAACGAUAGGCAAAGUAGGAACAUGUUCCAGUUCCACCAGAAUGAUGUGCACUACUGUAAUCCGGUCUUACUUUGUUGCCUGUUGCAGUUCUAAUUAUCACAAUCCAGCGGCCAGCCCAACCGCGGCCUUUGAUUUUCGCAAGGGGCCUGCGAUUGCAUCAGGCGUGUUCUCUGUGACGAAAAAAGUCGAUACCGCAGCAGUUAACGGCAACGCCGAAGUUGCAUCUUAUACCUAUGCUUACGGCAAGAAAUCAUGAGAAAAAAUUUUCUAUAGACCAUAGGGAUAGAGGAGCGUGGUUAGCAUUUCGAGACAGGUAUGAUCAGUAUCAUAACCGCACGACGCCGAAAACCAGAUAAGUAUAGCACUAUUUAACGCACUUGUUGUGUCGUGUUCAAAUGGCUUCUACUGCUUCUGCUAGUGCUACUUUGGUCGACCCGACAAGGGCAGCUGAUGAAAACUUUUUGACAUUGAAGAUAUAGCAAUAGCGUUCAUUGCUAGCUUAUCUUUAUAACAUGCGCCUAGGUGGGAGUGUGACACACACGAUCUCUAACAGUCGGUUUCGUCGAUGGAAAACGAACUCUCUCUGGACUUAUGGAGGGCAUGCAUUUUGUUAUUUCCCGCUCCCUGCUUUUUGUCGAAGUCAAUUAUAGACAGCGAUAUAAGUGCCAGAAGUUGUUCAUGGGAUCCACAUCGGCGUCCCGUUUUUCUUGAUCGGCAUGAUCUCUCAUCUCCUUCUGGCUCUACUACCUAGAUAAAUAUGGUGUUUAAUAACAUCAUGGACAUGGUCGUGAUCUCAGUCUCAUUCUCUACUUACUCUUCUUCUAAGACAGCCAGGCAAGAGCGCAGACGGGAAGAAAUGCACUGCCGCCGAUCCGGUGAAGCGGUAUCUUGAGGACGCUAUUAAAAGUGGCCAAAAAAUCGAAGUUUUUUCGAACGCUGCGCAGCUAGCGCCUACUGAAAUCGACCGCGUGCAGUGGUCCAUCGCCUUGUUUUUACGGCUCCCGGGUCUCUGACUUGUCCCACUACCUAACCGACGCGACCGUGAUUGUAUUUAGAUUCAGAAUAUACGGCGUUCAAAAUGCUACAAUUCACAACGACAACCACUCGAACUCUAAUGCAUGAGAAAUUUUGGGCUAGUCAUUCAUUUGCUCUAAAGUGUAACACAAUUGAAAACUAACUGCGUAUUCGUAAACCCCCAGCUACUAGUAUCAAUUUCAGCGUGUGGAAAUUGAUUUUUUCACACGUAGCAACACUAUAUUAGAGCAAAGGGCCACUCGUGUUUCUUUGACUGGGUCAUUGACAUUGCCUCCCUUCCUCUGGUAAGGAAUUGGCAACUUAUCAGAGAAGCCUCUAAUUUACAGUGGAUUCUUUCCGCCAGGACUAGGCGCCAAAUCGAUCAAAGAAGUCAAUGUAUAAUACCACGCCUCAGAGUUCUCUUCUAAAUUUGUUUGGUAGUUUCUUCGCUGAAUCAUGAUUGCCAGGCCAAUUGCAAGCAUUGGCGGUGACUCAGGCCAUCACCGUGGGAGCACGCGAGGCCUUCACUGAUUCUACUGCGUUCAUGCUCUCAGACCUUCGCAACAAGAUUCAGAGCGCAUAAGGGUUCGCGCGGCCACGCUAGCCAGGGGCACGGUGGCUUGUUGCUAUUGGGGGGUCUCAAUGUCGGUAUUAAGACAACCACCCAGCAGAGAAAAACCACGAUUGGAGCCCACAUGUCCAGGCCUCCUGGGUGGCGUUGGUGAAUGCAUUCGAGCGAUAUUAAUUUAAUCACCAGUUCGGCAAUAUUAUAUCUUGAGUAAACUUUUCAAUUUCACUAACCAAGCUAGGCUUACCUCAGAACAAACAGGUGAAAUCGGAAAUGGAUGAAAUAGAGCUCAAGGUCGAGGGACAGGUGCCGGAUUAUCUUUGGGGAACUCGAAGGGAGACUCUCACGCCUCGCAUUUAUGGAGCGUCGUUCUAUGUUGGUGAGCAGCAAUACUCUUAGAGGAGGGCUUGUCUUGUAGGCGUUUGGUGAUGACGCUUUCAGAAGUUUGGAACUUUUCGUGGAGCCCUCAGGCGAACCAAGUAAGCAAAAAGGGGAUCGUGAUGAGUUUCUAUUUCUUACUUUUCGAAUUUAGCCCUCUGCCUGGGUGUCGUCUUCACUUCCCAACUUCUAACAUUUUGGCUCACCUGGUCGGCUUCUGAUUCGCGGCGGCGAUGGAGAGCCUCAAGGCUGGAGCUCGUUGAGGUUAUGA